UGCGCAUGUACCGCGGGUCAAAGCGAGCAUAGCGUCGACUCCAAGAUGGCGAAAGCGCGUCUGGCUUGCCUCCUGACUCUCCUCUCAACUCACUAACAAGCACAUGUUUUGAUGUCGGAUGGCCUUGACUCAUUUUCGCCAGUGAGCUACUUGAGUGUGUUGGCGGUUGUACUGAAGACGGACAACGAUUCGCCGUGGACGGAUGAGUUUGACAGAAUUGAAUUAUCGUGUUUGAUCGACUCCAUUUCCACAAACAAUCCGAGAAUCGAGUGGAAAAAGAUUAAAGCGGAGGGACCGAGCUAUGUGUACUUCAACAACAAAGUUUCAGGUGACUUGGAGAACCGAGCGGUGAUCAGAGAACCUGCCACGUUGGUGAUAACCAACGCGACUCGGUUGGACACGGCAAAAUAUCGUUGCGAGGUCACAGCUGCCGAAGACCUCAAGUCCUUUGACGAGAUUGCGAUUGAUCUCGUCGUUCGAGUCAAGCCGGUGGUUCCGAAAUGCAACGUCCCCAAAUCGGUCCCUUUCGGGAAGUCGGCCGAGCUGAGUUGCUUGGAGGAAGAGGGUUUCCCUAAGUCUCAGUACCAGUGGUUCAAGAACAGGGAGGAAAUUCCUGAGGACCCAAAGAGCAGCAUCAAGUUCUUCAACUCGUCAUACACGCUCAACUCGGAAACAGGAAUUCUGAAGUUCAUCUCAGUCAGAAAAGAAGACGCCGGCGAGUACUACUGCCGAGCGAAAAACGAUGCAGGAUAUGCUGAGUGUGCGCCGCAGAAGAUGGAAGUCUAUGAUAUUGAUGUGGUGGGGAUCGUCCUGGGAGUGGUGGUGGUGGUGGUCGUACUGAUAUGUAUAUCGGCCGGGAUCUGCUGCGCGUAUAAGCGGGGUUACUUCGCAAGUCAAAAGCAGGCAGGGAACAGCUACAAAGUUCCAGCCAAAGGAGACGGGGUGGACUAUGUGCGGACGGAGGACGAGGGUGACUUUCGACAUAAGUCGUCAUUUGUGAUAUGAAAAUGACCGCAAGGAUGACAGUGGGAAAGUGCCAAGUGAAACAAGUGACAUGUGCGGCUGCAGUCUCGGCAGUCUCGUCACGGAGUUCAUGCUCUUGAGCUCUCGACGUGACUUUUUCAAUCCAACUUUUUGCCAAAGGUGAUAAGAUUUUGCAGGGUUUGCAAAAACAUUUUCAUAUUCAAUACGUAUUGCUGACCUCAAGCAUGGAUUUGAAAGUGAUUUCUCAAAUCCACUUGGAUGAAAUAUUUGACAACACAUCGUCCCACCAAAAUCAGUCAAACAUGACACAUUUCUACAUGACGCUUCAAACCGUUUGUCAUUUCUAUAACGUUUAUUUUCUACUGUUGAAAUUUGUCAGACUAUUUUUGAUGGGAUAUAUUUUGAAUGCCUAUAGAUAAAGGUUUACUUUUUUAAAUAUUUGUAAAAUACUAACUGUGUUUUUUUUUUUUUAUUGUAAUUAUUAUUUGGUUGUGGGUUUAAAUAUGUUACUUUAACCACUUUGCAUCAACCUGUAAGCAUUUCUACCUUUGCCACCGGUAAAGAAAGAAAGAAAAAAAGAACGAACGUUCUGCAUAUCAACAUGCGCUUCAUGAGCAGUCUUGCAUAUUGAACUUUGUCCGCUGGGAUCGCCGUGCCCAGGUUCUUUUGUCAAAACACAAACAACAACAAAAAAAGAAUGACCUCUGUUUUGUUUGUUGUCUUAGAAAGAGGUUUUGAAGAGUGCCAGUCAAAUGCUGUGAAACACAAUCAGUGCUGCGUUGCGUUUUCUUGAUUUUUUUAAGUGUCCUUCUCAGCUUGCUGUUCAUCUUGUAUAUAGAGAAUUUACUGUCCUGUUUGUUGUGCGUCGUUCACUAUUACAUGAUCACAAUACAAGUUUGACAGGGUGUAUGAGUUAGCCUUCCAGACCCCUCGCCCCUUCAACAAAAAAAAGACAGAAAUGCAAUGAACAACCAAGCCGGUCAUCAACAAAGAUUUUAACCCCCGCCUCCAAAAAAUGCCCUUUUCAUCUCAUUUAACAUGUCAGAUUUCUUUGUGGGUGGGGCGGAGCAUAUCAUUUUAAAAGUUAGAUUCAUUACUUUUGGAGCUCUGGAAGGUUAACACUUUUACUGAUUGUAUAUAGGUACUUUGUGUUGUUUAAUCCUUUUAAGAUAACGAAAAAUAGAUCCAAUCAGAAAAGGAGUAUGAAAGUUUGUAUUCAUAUGACUGAUAAAAAGGUAACAUCAUAGCAUGUGGCCAGCAAAAUGUUACUCCACACCUUGUUGUUGUUGUUAACGUUGUUAUAGUUCUUUAACAGCUGAGCAAUUCACUUUCACCAUUUUGACAUUUUUCUUGGGAAAUAUUCACUCACCAAAUGUAAUUCAUGGUCGAGAUGAUCUGCCCAAACAUUUGCACAUAGGGAUUUGUUCAUACCGCCUUGUUAAAAUAUUAACACAGUCAACUGAGUUUCAAUACCACAAACUCAUUUGAGAUCACUAAUGGAUCCAAACUGAGGUGAAGGAGUCACGCAGGCUCCACCUUCAUUUAUACAAAUUUCAUUCCUCCCAAGUGCCUUCUGCCGUUAAAAUAGAUCUUUCUUUCUCUUGCCCAUUUGCUAUUCUGCCUGAGGUUUCGUGUUGCUCAUUCAGUUAUCCACAAACAUGGCGUUUGAGAGGGAUGAUGUAACCCCAAAUUUAUGCUUUCCGUCUUUACAUAUCUGCAAAUGUGUAUAGAUUCUCCCCCCCCCCCCCCCCCCCCCCCCCCCAUAGAUUACACUAGACAUGCUGAAAUAGACAUAGAAAUAUAUAUUACUGUUGUGCCUAUAUAUAGUGGAAAAUAUUUUUGGUAAGGACACACUAUUAGGCAAAAGGAUACUACUGGCUUGUGUUGACUGCAGUUUGUAUAAAAAAACAACAACACACACUUCUUGCCGCAUUGUUGCAAAUGAAGCUCUUUCAUUAAAUUCUGCUUUUCACAAAUCACAAGACAUGUCAGUGUGAAAUGGUAAAUGAUGUAGGAUUUGCAUGUUGUUUCACACAGAAAGCAACAGUGUUAAAGGUUCUAUUAUCACGCUGUAACUUUGUUUUUUAGUCAAGGGCAAUGAAAACUGAGCUGUCAUUUAGCUCCAACUUUGUAUUAUUCACUCAAUGCCAAGAAAUAAAUGCUGUCAUCUAAACUC